AUAUGACGAUUUGUAAAGGGUGAAUGUACAGCAUUGUAUUCAUUAAUUAGCAGGUGAAGCUCGGGGAUGUAAUUUUUGUAAACAACCACUGCACAACAAAAAGACGUUCAUUUAAUACUGUAUUGUGACAAUAUGUCCACGGUUGAAGAAGUUUUACGAAAAAUGCAUUCGGAUUUUGCGAAAGAGAAUCCGAUGGAAUCAUCGAAGUUAAACCAGCUGACUCAAGACAAAGUGCACGAAUAUAAAGAAGCAUUUAACAUGUACGACAAGGACCACGAUGGAAUCCUAUCAGUUCAGAAACUAGGAGCCGUACUUCGUGCUCUAGGCCAUAACCCGACCGAAAUCGAAAUUCAAGAAAUGAUUGACGAGAUUGACUCAGAAGGCACAGGUUUCAUCGACUUUGAAAGUUUCUUGGAUGUUGUUAUGAGUCGUGAUUUGGACGAAGAAGACCAUGAGGUUGCGCUUCGAGAGGCUUUUAAAAUGUUUGACAGGGACGGUAAUGGUUACAUUGAUGCAGACGAACUACGCCUAUGUAUGAUGAACCUAGGAGAGAAACUGACACUCGAAGAGGUGGAGGAGAUGAUUAAAGAGGUGGAUGUUGAUUUUGAUGGGAGGAUGAAUUAUGAAGAAUUUGUGAAGCUGAUGUGCACGAAGUAUCCACUAACGUAGUAUGGAAACUCCAGAAACAGUCUGACGUGAAAGUUACUAUUGUCUGAUUUUGUUGCUCGUCUUCCUUACUGGAAAAGCGGAUGAUAUGAUAAAUAAUGAGAUUCUAUUCAUCGAAGCCAUUCUCUUAACAAUUGAUAAAGGAUCUCAUGAAAUGAAAACAA